AGCUCCCAUACAGGGCGUGAAAUGAAAGGUUACGCUGCACGUCAAUUUUCUAUUUUUAGAUCAGAUAUCUGCUAUGAUUAAGAGGCAAUAUGUAACGUUCGUAUGUAUUAUUAUGUUGAGUGCUAUGCAGGAAACGGCUUGCGUUGUGAAAAGAAGCCAUUCAGACCAAUCUGUAAGGGGUUAUAUUACUGAGAGGACGUGCUGGUGGAAUGAAGUUUGCAAAGAGGAAUUUCAAAUACUGUUCAGAUGCAAAUGCCCCUCGUGGUCCUACUGCCGGAGUCCAGGCAGAUAUUACAACGCAGUGUGUUCUAUGACAGAAACGGGAUACAUUUGGGAUCAACCUAAUUCUCAAUGGCGUGGACAGUGAAUUUCAACAAAUUGCUAGGUAUAACAUGUGCUGCUCUAGUUUAUCAAGAA